GACCCAGACAACUGCUGGAAAAUCAGGACUGAGCGUACAAUGCAAUGCCUGGAUCUCACUGGACGAGUUAUUUUUUGGUCUUUGGAACGGUGUUCUUCUGCUUCUCAGCAUUCCUGAGGGCAGCUCCGGAGUUUUCAGGUUACUUGCAGAAGGUUUUGAAGAACCAUACUGCCCAUGCCUGCGACGGGGAGCAGUUAACGGUCAUUUGCCCGCAUAAGACCAGCAUCAGCAUCCUUUCGGCGUUCUAUGGCCGCCGAGUGCCCAGUCAAAACCUUUGCCCAUCCUCGGGAGACCUCAUGCUGGAGGACACGGAUUGUGUGUCUGCUACAGCCCGCCAGAAAAUGAUGGAUGAGUGUCAGGACCAGCGGUGGUGUCAUUUCUCUGUCCACAGCCAUGUGUUUGGGCCAGACCCAUGUCCUGGGACACACAAGUACUUGGUGGUGUCCUACAAAUGCAGACCAGCCAACCAUCGCCUGAAGACGGUGUGUGAAAAUGAGAAGCUAAGAAUGCAGUGCCGGAACAAGUCUGUCCUGGCCAUCUACUCUGCCAUCUAUGGGAGACCUUUGUGGGGGAAGCCAGAGUGUGAUUCUGUGAAUCGGACAGGACCUGACAUAGAGUGUUUGGCUCCUGAUGCUCUAAGGAGAGUUUCCCGGAGAUGUCACAGGAAGAGAAACUGCACCAUUGUUGCCGACAGCACCACCUUUGGUGACCCCUGCUUCCCCGGAGUCAGGAAACAGCUGCGCGUCUCUUAUACUUGUGUGCCAAGGCAGCUGCUGGAGGAAGUGAGCCGCGAAUCCCAGGAAGACCCCUUCUCGAUUACAGACUACACACAUGGUGGCUGGUACACUGGGCCGCGGCUGUCCAGGCUCCAAGAGCAUCUGAUGAUAUUUACUAGCUCUCUGGAAACCUUUGCCCACAUUUGGGGUGUUCCUGAGAAAGUGGGCUUCUAUUUCCUGUGUGGUGUUUCAGGGGGCUUGAUGUUUCUGCUCCUCCUCUUUGCCCCCAAAGUAGCCUUCCUGCAGGACUUGAAGGCAGCCUUCAAAGCCACCGAGUUGAGCAACAGCUUAGAACUGGAGACAGCCAAGUUGCACGUCAAACCGGACGAAGAUAACCAUGACGACAGCUCUUCGGAGUCCUCCUUCUGCCACCUCACCCGCACCUACCAUAACUCCAACAACAUAUUUGGGCCCGAGCUGACUGCAGCCCUGGAAGGAGCAGCUGACCAGAGAGGCCAUGAGGGAGACGAGAUCUGGAUCCCUAAAGAAUCCAGUCCAUAUGCCAUCCACAAAAUUAAGUCUGCCACCAAGUGAGCAGGAGGGAGCAGCCGUGGUAGCAGUUGGGGUCAGAAAGUGUUCUUAUCUACUGGAAGAUGUGUGAGGAUGUGAGGAGACCUCCACCCCAAUUUUGUGACAGGGGCAACUAUGUAAAAUAAGUAAGUCAAUUAAGGGCAGGGGUAUAUGAAGAACUGCAGCAGCCAGGAUGUGGUCUUCCAUCUGCAAUGCAACAGCAACAUGACAUUUUUACAAGCAAUGCUAGGACGAAUGCUUGCAGUACCUCUUGCACUAGAAACAGAGCAAAAGCAUCACUGAGCAUAUACAUCUGAAAUCCAGAUGUUCUUUCAUGUUCUAGAGCCAGGGUUCCCAACUCUGGGCCCCCUGAUUUUGUUAGACUACAAAUUCCAUCAUUCCUGGUGACAGCGGCCUUGGACUUGUCUUAACCCUAGUCCCUCAGCCAGGUGCACACAUUUUAGCCAUUUGUCUCAGGGGACAAAUGUUCUUGGCAAUUUUUGGCAACAUCUACCCCCCUAGAGAUGGGGAAAUAGGUGAUAGCAUUGUUGCACUUAUAGCUUCCCCUGUGUUAUCACUCUUUCUUUCUCUGUACCCCCAAGCAAUUUGGGUAAAAUUGCACUCAUUUUUGCACUGGGGAGGGUUAGGGUCAGAGUAACAAUGAAGCAGUGGUUGUACUCACUACAGAGCACGGAGUAACUUACAGAGCACGGAGUAACUUUUGGAGGACAUUUCUGCCAAUUUUCAUUCCCAUUCCUCUGACAUCAAGAACAUUUGUGUUCUUAAAACUUGUUAAAGUUUUUAAAAUUUGGCCUCUGCAGGCCCAAAUUGGUCAGGACAAUAUAAGCAUGAUAAGGCACUGAAAGCUAAAAGUAUUGCAGUGCUCAUGCCUUUUUCCAUCUUUAGAGGUAUAGAUCUUGUCAAAAAUCACAAAAAGCUUUUGUCCCCACAGAUGGUAUAGAGUAUAGCCCACCCCAGCUGGUUCCUAUACUAUCCAGAGGUUCCCAGUCUUUGACUUGCUUUAAUUCAGAGGUUCUCAACCUUGGGUCCCCUGAUGAUGUUGCAGGCCUGCAAUUCCCAUCAUCCCCAGCCACACUGGCUGAUAGAAAUUGUAGUCCAGCAUCUGGGGAUCAAAGGCUGGGAAUCCCUGCCUUAAUCCAUCCUGUGCACACUCAGAGGCGUAUCUAGGGAAAAUAGCGCCUAGGGCAGGGAUGGGGAACCUUGGCACUCCAGCUGUUUUUGAACUACAACUCCCACCAUGGGAGUUGUAGUUCAAAAACAGCUGGAGUGCCAAGGUUCCCCAUCCCUGGCCUAGGGCAAACACUGAAAUUGCGCCCCCUGUCCAAGCAUCUGACACCCAUCUUUCAGAUAACUUUACCAUAAUAUCAUCUCAAAAAUACAAGUCAGGCUCGUUAAUCUUUUAAUAUUUCAAAAACUAUUUUAGCAGUGGACUUAGCCAGACCAAAAAAUGCUGGAAAACUACAAAUUUCAGUAUGCUGGGGCUCAUGAAAUACCCAAAUACUAUGUGGAGGUGUACUUGGAAAACUAAACAGAAGUGCCUGUCUAAUUCUCUACUAUGCAUUGUAGCAUCACCAUUACAUAAGUUUUAAAAAUAAAUGGAGAAUUUGACUUUU